AUGUAUUUCUUCCUCUGCAAUCUCUCUUUCCUGGAGAUAUGGUACACCACAGCCUGCAUUCCCAAGACACUUGCAGUCUUCCUGGGGACAAGCAGAACCAUUUCUUUUACUGGCUGCAUCACACAGAUGUACUUCAUUCUAUCCUUUGGCUGCACAGAAUGUUUCCUCUUAUCCGUCAUGGCCUAUGACCGCUAUCUGGCCAUUUGCUACCCACUGCACUAUAGUUCCAUCAUGAACAGCACCUUGUCUGCUUGGCUGGCCCUCUCCUGUUGGGUGUGUGGUUUCCGAGCUAUUUGUGAGCCAGCGUAUCUCAUAACCAGGUUGUCCUUUUGUGGCCCUAAUGUCAUUAAUCAUUUCUAUUGUGACCUAGAUUCUUGGAUAGUUCUCUCCUGCACAGACACACAUCUCCUUCAGCUGGUGGCUUUCAUCACCUCCUUCAUUAACCUCCUGGGCACCUGUAUAGUAACUCUGAUCUCCUACAUUUUAAUCAUUUCCACAAUAGUGAGAAUUCCAUCAUCCCAAGGACGGCAAAAGGCCUUUUCCACUUGCUCUGCUCAUCUGGCUGUUGUGACUAUCUGGUAUGGUUCCACCAUUUUCCUGUACAUCAAGCCUUCUGUACAAACACCCUGGCUCUAA